AUGCCAGAGCCUGCUGCCAAUUCGGGUGCCGUGUCCCAGCCUGUCGUGGCUCGUCAGCAGCGACGCAGCACCAAGGGAUGCUUCCCGGGGUUCGGCUGCGCGCCGGGGCGUUAUCCCGGUGGGGCCGGCCGGCCUAUUUUCCAGGCAAGGAAAUAUUUAACCGUGGCGUCAGCAGGCAGGGCAGGCGGGUGCAGGCAUGGAGGGUGGCAAGCAGCGCCCGGACUGCUCACCGCUGGCGGGGAGAUCUUCUCCGGGUGCAACGUGGAGAACGCCUGCUACAGCCUGGGGGUGUGUGCCGAGCGCACCGCCAUCCAGAAAGCCAUCUCCGAGGGGCACACCAGCUUCAGGGCCAUGGCCAUCGCCAGUGACAUGGGGGACCACUUCAUCACGCCCUGCGGCGCCUGCAGACAAGUGAUGAGAGAGUUCGGCACGGACUGGGACAUCUACCUGACCAAAGCAGAUGGCAGUUAUAUCGUCAAGAAGCUGGAGGAGCUGCUGCCGCUCUCCUUCGGCCCCGAGGACCUGAAGAAGGUGUGA